CUAGCUGCAAAUGGCGAGGGAUGAUGCGCGUCUUCUUGUUGUCUCGGGCCGCGUUGCCCGCCAGCUCCAAGAUUUCCGCAGUCAGGUACUCCAGCACCGCCGCCAGGUACACCGGCGCGCCGGCCCCCACUCGCUCGGCGUAGUUGCCUUUGCGCAGCAGGCGGUGCACUCGCCCCACGGGAAACUGCAGGCCAGCGCGGGACGAGCGCGACUUGGCCUUAGCCCGAGCUUUGCCUCCCUGCUUUCCGCGUCCUGACAUUACGGAUAAAAAUGCAGUUACAGCGUCUUUUUCAAGGCGAAGGAUGUGGCAAGGAUAACCAAUUUGAUGUAAUUUAUAAGAGCUACCGGGAGGGGUGAAGAGAAAUGGUUUGAUUGGCUAAAAGCGGAGUCCGAUAGAACAGCCAAUAGGAAAGAAGAAAGCAGACUCUUCGUUUGCAUCUUGCACUACGAGGAAAUGACGGCUUUUGUUCAGAACCUCCCACGAACUCACGAGUCGGGCGAAGUAGAGACUACAGUUCCCAUGAGUCCUCAGGGCACCACGUGGUGCCUGCCCGGUCUAUCGCGUAGCGAGGACUCCAUUUCCCAGCGUGCCUCAGGGCUCGAAGUCCGCGUUUCGCCCAGAACGUCCGGCAUUCCUUUCCUGAGUGGGAACUGCGGUAGCCAGGACUGAGUACAAGCCGAUGCUGAGUGGGCAGCUGGUCGGACGCCUGUUCUCCAUGGCCGGCCGCGUCUGUCUGUCCCGGGGCAGCGCGGGAUCGGGGGCCAUCGGUCCCGUCGAGGCCGCUAUUCGCAGCAAGUUGGAGCAGGCCUUGAACCCCGAUGUGCUGGAGCUGCGUAAUGAGAGCGGCGGCCACGCGGUCCCGCCAGGCAGUGAGACCCAUUUCCGCGUGGCCGUGGUGAGCUCUCGCUUCGAGGGACUGAGCCCCCUGCAACGGCAUCGGCUGGUCCACGCGGCGCUGUCAGAAGAGCUGGCUGGGCCGGUCCACGCCCUGGCCAUACAGGCGCGGACCCCUGCCCAGUGGAGGGAGAACCCUCAACUGGACAGGAGCCCCCCCUGCCUGGGCGGGAGCAAGAAAACUCGAGGAACUCCCUGAACCCUGAGAGAGAGGGAGGACCAGGACGCAAGCGGAUUGGGGGACAAUAAACUACUAGGGCCUUCUUCCCUUCUAUACAGUCUGGUAUUUGUAAGAGUUGAGGACCUGGGUGCCAUUCAACUGGCAUAUACAUAUUCUCUGGAGACAACAAUUCAUUUCACAUCAAGGUUAACCUAAGGAGAGCAUACAGUCGCUCAGUACUGCUCUUGCCCUGGACUAUUCAGGAAAAGCUGCCCAGUUGUUUCAUGUUAAAUUGUGACUAAGGAACCACCAGACCUUAUGAGUUGCAAGUAAUCUUGUACAUUAAAAAAGAAAUUAUAUGA